UUGAAAACGAUUGUUUCUAUUUUUUUUUCCAUUUUAAACAUUUAUAAACCUGAUUUUAAAUCAAGACGUGGAUCACUCUCAGAACAGUUCAGCUCUAGUAAUGAACCAAAGCCUAAUCGAAGUGCCCCCGUAACGCCUUGCGAUAGUGAAUCAUCAACAUGGUCGAGAGACACCUACGAUAGUUACAGAUUCCAAAAUAUUUACGAUGAGUCCAAAGAAGGUGUGUGGUGGUGGCAAAGGCCACUGGAUGUACGGCGCCCUCAUUGCCGUAAUUGCGGAGCGUCGUCUGCAACACGGCCUUUGAAAUUGUUGCCUUGCGCUGGUGUGGCCCCAGAAGACUAUGUUCAGGAAGACAGUCGCCGAUUAAUGUCACGCGAUCGACCCUUGCUUUUAGUAAAACAGCUGUUCCCGUGA